CGUUUGAGCCUCAUUUCUCGUAUCUUAGGCCGAUUUCACGCUAGGUUGUUCUUGUUUGUGUUAUUUCAGGUCCUAGUACGUGAUUGGAGGUUUGGGAACGAGUUCGGGGUUGAUUGGAAGAAAGUUGGACAUUUGGCGAGAAGCUGAGGAAACCACACGGCCAGACCAAGCAGCCACACAGCAGUGUGGCGUCGCCGUGUGGAAUCCCUUUACGCUGACAAAGCCACACUGGCCGUGUAAUGGGUCCCUUGAGGCCGUGUCGAAAUUCCAGGGAGCUCACACGGGGAAGCCAGUUUUCUACACGGUCGUGGAGCUCUGGCCGUGUAGCAUUCGUGCAGCACUUAAUUGAGACGUUGCGUUUUGGCACUCACACGGGCACACUGGGAAACCACACGGCCGUGUGGUCGGGAAAUUCUGGGUUUUAACCCAAUUUCGAGCCUAAGGAGAGGGAAUCAAGUUUUUUAGAAAAAAACAAAGCUUUAGAGAGAGAAAGUGGGAAGAACAAACCCUAGGAGCUAUUUGGAGUGGAUUUCUUACCACUGAAGCCCAGAUUGCAUCCCCAGGAGUGAAGAUCGGUAUCCCAGAGCAGAUUAUCCUCAUCUUUAUGAGUAUGACUACUCUGAUUUCUAUUUGCCUCUCUCUCUCUAUGGAGUAGAACCUUCUCUCACUUGGGUAUGAAGAACCCUAGUUCCAUGUGUUAGGAAUCUUGAUUAUAAUGACUUGGGAUUGAUAUAUUGAUUGGUUAUAAUCGAUUGAUGCAUGAUUCAUCGAGUCAAUUGAAGUCUGAUCAUCUUUUCUUGAUUUGUGCUGCAACCUGAGAUAGAUAGAAUAUGAUUAGGUUGUUAGAGCUUCAUCAAUCGGUAGUGGUAGAUUGGUUAUACGAGAGUUGAUCGAUUUAGUGCUUUGUAUUGGAACCCAAUUCCAGUAGUGGAGUUCUGUGCUUAUUGCCUCAGCAGUCUAUCCCGGCGAAGGUUAGCCUGCCUAAGAGGGCUUUGUCAGCUUAAGAGAUUCCAAGCUACUGUCGGAUCUUCCGCAGUUUAAUGAACAGUUAAUCAACUUAGGGUAAUUACAACCUCGACCUAACUAAGGAGCUAGGGGGACUCAUUCCUGAUUGACUCUUCCCGUGCUAAAGAACUUUGAACCGUUUCUUGCUUUCUUACUGCUUUUAGUUAAAAUCACGAUCACUCGACUUAGUUUGCUAGAUAAUAGAUAAUCACGGAGUAGGCAGUAGAUCUAGACCCUGGGUUGACAAAUAGAGCUUGCCACUUACUGCAUUUCCAGACUGCAAUUUACACUUGGUUGCAGUUUGGUGUUGUGUUUUAGCGUGUCAAGUUUUUUGCGCCGUUGCCAGGGACCCUCUAGGUUAUUGUGGAAACGUGAAAGUUUGUUACUUAGCAUUUUCUAUCUUCCACUGGUGUGACUUCACGGGUUGCUUUUGCUGAUUGCGUGCAGGUAGUGCAUGACCAGUACCCAGUCGGGAGAUUUACUACCGUUAGACCAAGAGCUUGAACGGACCUGUAGGAACUUCAAGCGGGCUUUAAAGGCGCGACUGGUUGCAGAGGAGGCUCUAGCACAGUUGCAAAUCGCCGAGGAGGAAGAAAUGGGUGACCCACAGAACAAUGAUGUGGUCAUCCCCGAGGAGCAGACCAUGGGGUAUUACUGGACCGCCAGAGCCGCGGACAUGAGGUCUCCCAUCCAGCACCCUCAAGUUCCAGCAAAUAACUUUGAGUGAGCACCUGUGUCAACACCAUGCUGCGUGGCUCGGUGGUGUUCCGUGGCAAGGAUGGGGAGUGCCCCCGAUCACACAUGAGGUAAUUCCACGAGCUCAUCGAUGGGAUCAAUAUCAAUGGGGUCCCAGCCGAUGUCAUCCAGCUGCGGUACUUCCCAUUUACUCUAGAAGGGAAAGCCAAGGAGUGGCUGGACACUCGAACUGCAGGCUCGAUCACCACGUUCGCCAACCUGGCGGACAAGUUCCUCACCCGCUACCAUCCUCCGUCCAAGACUGCGGACCUGUAGAAGCAAAUCACCCACUUUGUUCAGGAUGAAGAUGAGACCAUGCGGGAUGCUUGGGAAAGAUACACCAGUCUUUUCCUCAAGUGUCCCAACCAUGGUUUUACUGACACCUUCAAGGUGGGCACCUUCUACCAUGCCCUCUUUCCGGAAGACAAGCAGCUGAUUGACUCGAUUUACAGCGGGAAUAUGCUCACCAAGACACCGCCACAGCUAAAUUAACUUUUUGAAGAGAUGGCAGAGCAUGGCUAUGAUUGGAGAACUGCGUGGAGAUCAAGACGAGCACCAGGGCGGGGUGUGCAUGCUGUAACCACCUAGUCGUCUGAUUUGGUGCAGGUGGUAUCUAAAUUGGUUUCAACCAUCGAUCGUUCUAGAAUCAUCCCAGGGGAAGGGUAGCAGUAGGCGAUGCAUUGCCAGUGGUGCGAGAGAACCCAUCAUACUGUGGAGGACUACCAGGCCAUGCGUGAGUCCAGUACACCCCAGGAGUAGGUGAACUUCACCAACACUGCCAGGCGCAACGAUCCUUACAGUAAUACAUACAAUGAGGGAUGGCGCCAGCAUUCAAAUUUAUCCUGGAGUGGCAACAGCAAUCCAAAGCCACCUGGCUUCCAGGCUCCUGCAACUAGUUUUCCAAACCAAAGGCAACCACACCAAGCUUGCCCGAGCCAGAUCUAGAAACAGCAGCCACUUUAUCAGCCCAGACAGGCACAUGCUUUUCAACAGCCCCCACAGCAGCAGUACCAGCAGCCUGGUGCAUCUCCAUCAGUCCCAGCACCAGGCGAUCCCGUGUCAAAACUGAGGGAUCUAGUGACUACCUUGGCUAGCACUAGUACCCAAAAGUUCAAUAAAUUGGAGCAAUUCAU